AUGGUGGACAGACUGGGGCCAGUCAUGGAGCAUGAGCUGAACUGCAGCUCUCAGUGUGACUCUCCACUGUGCUUCAUCCAGUCUGGAGUCAGCAGGCAGGACGGCGUAGAGGUUCUGCAAAAGCUGUGCAGUCUUAGCUCGUUGGCAGCGGAGCUCCCAAGGCGUUCAUUAUCUCCAGUGCUAAGAGCUGUCGUCUGGACGCUCCUAUCCUGUGGCAUUCUGUCGGCAUUCUGCUUUCUGAUUUUCACCCUGCGCUUCAAAAACAACAGGAUAGUGAAGAUGUCCAGUCCCAACCUGAACAUUCUGACUCUCUUUGGAAGUGUCCUCGCUUACGUCAGUGGUUAUCUUUUUGCCAUUGAUGAACAAGCAUACACACAAACUGGAACAUCUAUAGUUGUGCAGCAAGCUCGGACAUGGACAUUGUGUCUUGGAAGUACCCUGGUGUUUGGACCAAUUUUGGGGAAGACGUGGAGACUCUACCGAGUGUUCACACAGCGAGUGCCUGAUAAGCGAGUGAUCAUUCGGGACAUCCAGCUGAUCGGUUUGGUGCUGCUGCUCAUCCUUGUGGACAUCCUGGUCCUCACAGCCUGGAACCUCUCAGACCCCAUUGGAUGUUCUCGAUCUGUCGCAGCUGUUGUCAAGGUGGUGGAGAGAGAAGUUUCCUACUCUCUGUCUCAGCUGGACUCUUGUUCCUCUGAGCAUUCAAGUAUUUGGCUCAUCAUGAUUGCUGCACAGAAAGGUUGUCUUCUCCUCUACGGCACUUAUCUGGCUGGACUGACCAGCAACGUCAGCCAUCCUCCAGUUAACCAGUCUCCCACCAUCAUUACAGCUGUCAUCCUAGCAACCGUCUCCUCCACUGUGGCCAUCCCUGUGUCCAUCUUCCUGCAAGCCUGGCCCAACCUGGUCUACAGCACCAUAGCUGGAGCCAUCUUCAUUUGCACACUAGCCACCAACUGCAUGCUGUUUGUGCCGCAGCUGACCCAGUGGAGGCAGUUUGAAGAAGACCAGAACAACCAAAGUCAGAUGGCCAAGUACUUCAGCAGUCCCAGUAAGAGCCAGGCGUCCGUGUACAGCCAGGAUGAGAUCUACUACCUGCUGGGAGAGAAUAGCUCCAUGAAAAAACUCCUGAGUGAGAAGAAUGCUGUGAUUGACAGUCUUCAGGAGCAGGUGAACAAUGCCAAGGACAAACUCCUGAGACUCAUGACAGCGAGCCAGCCCCUGGAGGACCGGGACAUGGAUUCCUCACCCACUCUGCUCAACUCCUCUUCCACCAAGACCACUGAACUUGAGUCUGAAAGCCCCUCUUCUUCCUAUUCGUCUCAGAGAGAAACUGCAUCCAGGCUUUCGGCCCAUCUUCUGUCGCAUAACCUCACUCUUCCUCCUGUUUUAUCAACUAUGGUUACAUCAUCCUCUAAUUCCUCCUCUGCUCAGAAACCAACCAUCCCUAUUCCUGAUUCAGCCACGGCUGCAGAGGAAAUUCUCAUGAAUGAAACCAAGAGAGAUGUCUCAGUUUCUGGUCGUGCAGACAGAGGCCCAGCUCCGUCCAGAGUGGACGGGGAUCUCAAGCGUCCAAUGUCUCUCUCGUUUCCUGGUAGGACAGCAGAGGACACGGUUCACUUCGUCACUUCUCUCCAAAACCGUAGACGACUGAACUCGGCCCAAAUGGAAACAUUUCUUAAAAAUAGCGACCUAACUUUGCAGGUGGGACCAAAUGCUAAAUUGGCUGGUUUUGUCAGCAGCGAACAGCUGCAGGAGAUCCUCCAGGAGCUGAGCAGUCUCUCCGAAACCACCCUACGAUCUCCGAGCCAGGCACCAUCACAGCUAAAAGUGACCCCUCUGUCACCCUGCUCCCCUCAUCCCCCCAAACCCUUUGAAUACCCCAGCAUAUCCCCCUACGCAAUGAGAAAACGUCGGCCACCAUUUUACGCCUCCAGAAGAGGUUUGCCCCCUUCCUGCUUCUCCACAGGCUCAGAGGUCCCAAACUGCAGAAAGACACAUUACCAAAACCCAGGGAGCAGUACUGUGAAUCAAACACCAUUGCACUUUCACGAUGCAAAUCAUGAGGUAGAAGAAGAAAAUAAGGAAACAGAAGGAGCUGAAGACGAACAGGAAGCAACUGAAAUAUGUCAAAGAUGCAUUUCCAGGUCUCAGAAAUGCUCAGGGUGGCAUUGUGCUGGGCCUGAGGUGGAGGGGGGUGGCGACGGCAAGCAGCGCAGUCACCACAUUCGGGACUCGAGUGGUUAUUGGGACUCUGACUCUAGCAGCUCGAUGGAUUAUUGCUACUAUCACCAUCCUUACUGUGACUCGUGUUUGCAUCGAGGCUCACUGCUGUGCUCAGGCAGCUCUUCAGACUCAUCCGACAGUGAAUAUGAUGACGUCACAGACCUCUACCCCUCCUCACGUCCCGUUGUCUUUAAAGAUGACAUCAAACCCACUUUAGUAUGAUGAUGAAACAUUUACUGGAUUAUAAUGCUGUGCUGUAUUUUACAUUUCUACCACUUGAAUUGACAUUUGGCCUGCAAAGGCAAAGAUUCAGAUUUUAUA